GUAAUUGUCUUGAAACCGAAGCAUGCACAAUCCCCACAAGGUUCAGUAGCUGCAAAAGCGAGAAAAUCAUGGUUGUUCCAGAUCCAAACGUACUCGCAGCGGUUGAGAGGGGGAGUAGCGUAGUGUUUUUCGAUGUUAGCUUGGGGGAGGGUGAAUCAGCUGCAGAUCUCGGACGAAUCCGAAUGGAACUUUUCACGAAAGAUUGUCCAAAGACCUGCGAGAAUUUUCGUCAAUUCUGCACCGGUGAAUUUCUUCGAAACGAUCAGCCUACGGGAUAUUUGAAUUCAUCUUUCCAUCGCGUCAUUAAAGGAUUCGUCCUCCAAGGGGGUGAUUUUAUAAAUCAUGACGGUACGGGAAAGCUCAGCAUCUACGGGACAUCAUUUCCUGACGAAAACCUUACAUCACACAAACACGACAAUGCAGGUCUGCUAUCAAUGGCGAACAGCGGUCCAAAUACAAACGGAUGUCAAUUCUUUAUAACGUGUGCUGCCGCUCAGCAUCUUGGUACGUGCGAGUUUCGACCUUCAGCGAACAAGAUUCAAUACAUGCAUGGCACCCAUUUUCGAUUGAUAAAUUCAAACUGAAUCGAGAGGCAAUUUUUUACCCCAUGUAUAUUGAGCGCUAAAGAGUUUCUUAUUUUUCUUCCUUCUCUUCUAUCGGCGACUUUUGUUUCGCAGAUGGGAAGCAUACAGUUUUUGGACGAGUAUUAGAUGAUUCUAGUAUGUUGACAGUAAGAAAGUGUGAAGCAGUUCCGGUGAAUGGGACAACACCUAGGUUACCGCUGAUCAUUACACAAUGUGGAGAGCUUUAGUUCGACUAGAGUACAUAACAAUCAGAAAGGUCAAGUCCAAUGUUGGAAGCAAACAGAGUUCGGGCGAUUAUUGAAUGAUUCUAGUAUAUUGACGCUGGGAUAGUGCGAAGCAGUUCCGGUAAAUAGUAUAACGCCUAAAUUACUGCUGAUCAACACACGAUAUAAAGAGCAUUAGGUCGAUUGUACUGCAGUACUAGGUUGUAACAGAAGAAUAUCUUGGCCCGAUUUCAAAAUGAGAAAUAUUGCGACGAGAAUGUUCUAGCCGAUAUACAGCAACAAUUCAUGUGCGUCAGUAGGCGAUGCUGUGAGGCGCAUUUCAUCUUUGCAAUGUACCCAGACAGGAACUAUCGACCUUCACACCUUCGGAAAAGGGUCACAAUUUUUUUGGCGUUGCGAUGUACUGUAUCUCAUUCA